GAGUGUCUGAGGAGUUGCGGGCCGCUGCGGGCUCGGGCGUCGCACCGCGCCUGCCGGAGCCGCCGAACGAGGCCCAGGGAGCCGCCUGCCCCAACCCCGCCGCCCGAUGUCCUCAAGAUGGAGGCAGCGGGGGCGGCGACGUGAAGAGAGCGGCGCUGUGGGCGCGGGAGCAGGGGCCCGGGCGGCCCGGGCGGAGGCGGUGCCGGGAUGGGGCUGCUGCUCAUGAUUCUGGCGUCCGCCGUGCUGGGCUCCUUCCUCACGCUCCUCACCCAGUUCUUGCUGCUGUACCGCAAACAGCCCGAGCCGCCGCCGGACGAGGCGGCCCGCGCGGGCGACGGCUUCCGCUACAUCAAGCCGGUGCCGGGCCUGGCCCUGAGGGAGUACCUUUAUGGCGGCGGCGGGGCUGAGGAGCCCUCCGGCGGGCCACCCGAGGGCGGCGCGACCCCGGCCCCGGCCCUCGAGACCCCCGCCCCGCCGACGCGGGAGACCUGCUACUUCCUCAACGCCACCAUCCUGUUCCUGUUCCGGGAGCUGCGGGACACCGCACUGGCUCGUCGCUGGGUCACCAAGAAGAUCAAGGUGGAGUUCGAGGAGCUGCUGCAGACCAAGACGGCCGGGCGCCUGCUGGAGGGGCUGAGCCUGCGGGACGUGUUCCUGGGCGAGACCGUGCCCUUCAUCAAGACCAUCCGCCUCCUGCGGCCGGUGGUGCCCUCGGCCAGCGGGGAGUCGGACGGCCCCGAGGGGGAGACCCUGCCCGCCACCUCCCCCGAGGAGCUGGCCUUCGAGGCGGAGGUGGAGUACAACGGGGGCUUCCACCUGGCCAUCGACGUGGACCUGGUCUUCGGCAAGUCCGCCUACCUGUUCGUCAAGCUGUCCCGAGUCGUGGGGAGGCUGCGCUUCGUCCUCACGCGCGUGCCCUUCACCCACUGGUUCUUCUCCUUCGUGGAGGACCCGCUGAUCGACUUUGAGGUGCGCUCCCAGUUUGAAGGGCGGCCUAUGCCCCAGCUCACCUCCAUCAUCGUCAACCAGCUCAAGAAGAUCAUCAAGCGCAAGCACACUCUCCCGAGUUACAAGAUCAGGUUUAAGCCGUUUUUUCCAUUCCAAACUUCGCAAGGAUUUGAAGAAGAUGAAGAAGAGCAAAUCCAUAUACAACAAUGGGCACUUACUGAAGGCCGCCUUAAAGUUACAUUGUUAGAAUGUAGCAGGUUACUCAUUUUUGGAUCCUAUGACAGAGAGGCAAAUAUUCAUUGUACACUCGAGUUGAGCAGUGGUGUUUGGGAAGAAAAACAAAGGAGUUCUAUUAAGACGGUUGAAUUAAUAAAGGGGAAUUUACAGAGUGUUGGACUUACACUUCGUCUUGUCCAGUCAACUGACGGGUACGCUGGGCAUGUCAUAAUUGAGACGGUGGCCCCAAACUCGCCUGCUGCACUUGCAGAUCUUCAGCGGGGAGACCGACUGAUUGCUAUUGGAGGCGUGAAAAUCACAUCUACCCUGCAAGUGCUGAAGCUGAUCAAGCAGGCGGGGGACCGGGUGCUGGUGCACUACGAGAGGCCUGUAGGCCAGAGCAGUCAAGGCGCAGCGCUGCAAGAUAAUUUGGGGCAGUUGGAAGAAAACUUUCUGUCAAGCUCAUGCCAACCAAACUAUGAAGAGGAAACCACUGGGCUGGCAGUAGAUGCUGAAAAUAGAGACUUGGAUUCUGAAUUUGAAGACCUGGCAAGUGACGUCAGAGCACAGAAUGAGCUCAAAGACGAGGCUCCAUCAGUAAGUCACAGCCCCAAACGUACUCCGACAACACUUUCCGUUAAACCCCUUGGAACCAUAUCACCAGUCUUAAACCGUAAAUUAAUUGCAGGAAGUCACCCACCACCACCAAAACCUCCAUGUAAAGAGGGAAAUAAACCCUUGGCCCUAAAAGCUUCUGAAAUAACAGACCCAACACAAAUGUCAAAACCCACCCAAGGAUCCACUUUCAAACCACCCGUGCCACCACGACCACAAGUGAAAGUUCCUUUGCCUUCUGCUGACACCCCAAGUCAGACAGAAUCAGAGGUCCUCCCUGAAAAGCCAGAAAAGGUGCUGCCUCCUCCUCCUGCAGAUAAACCUGCUGAAAAGCAAGCGAAAAAUGUGGAUCACCCAGAAGAUGUAGCUCCAUCUAAGCCAUUUUUAGCAAAGCAAGAAGUGACGAGAGAUUUUACUUCAGAAAGCUCCUGCCCUCCUAAGGACAGUUCAGAUGACCUUCAGACGUGGGAAUCAUCGGAAAUUCCUUACCGUAACAAGCUAGGAAAAUGGACAAGAACCAGAGCAACCUGUUUCUUUGACAUAGAAGCCUGCCACAGAUACUUAAACAUUGCACUAUGGUGCAGAGAUCCUUUCAAGUUAGGGGGUCUUAUCUGUUUGGGGCAUGUCAGCUUAAAACUUGAAGAGGUGGCUUUGGGGUGCCUGGCUACAUCAAACAUGGAAUACUUCUCCAAGUUCAGACUGGAAGCCCCCUCACCUAAGGCAAUGGUUUCGAGAACCGCGCUGCGCAAUCUGAGUAUGCAGAAGGGCUUCAAUGACAAAUUUUGCUUUGGUGACAUUACCAUUCACUUCAAAUACCUGAAAGAAGGAGAACCAGACCACCCGGUAGUUACUAACUCAGAGAAAGAAAAAGAACUCCAUUUGGUCGAAGAGGUUUCUGCCCUACCUAAAGAGGAGCAGCUGGUUGGACAGAUGGGUUUAACAGAAAAUAAGCAUAGUUUCCAGGAUACUCAGUUCCAGAACCCAACUUGGUGUGAUUACUGUAAGAAAAAAGUGUGGACUAAAGCUGCUUCCCAGUGUAUGUUCUGUGCUUACGUUUGCCAUAAAAAAUGUCAGGAAAAGUGUCUAGCGGAGACGCCUCUUUGUGGAGCAACUGAUAGGCGGAUAGACCGGACUCUGAAAAACCUCAGGCUGGAAGGACAAGAAACCUUCUUAGGCCUGCCUCCUCGUGUUGAUGCUGAAGCUAGCAAGUCAGUCAACAAAACAACAGGUUUGACAAGACACAUUAUCAAUACGAGCUCUCGUUUGUUAAAUUUGCGCCAAGUCUCUAAAACUCGCCUCUCUGAACCAGGAACUGAUCUAGUGGAACCUUCACCAAAACACACACCCAACACAUCAGACAAUGAAGGCAGUGACACAGAGGUCUGUGGUCCGAACAGUCCUUCUAAACGAGGAAACAACACGGGAAUAAAGUUGGUGAGGAAGGAGGGUGGUCUGGACGACAGCGUUUUCAUUGCAGUUAAAGAAAUAGGCCGGGAUCUUUACAGGGGCUUGCCUACAGAAGAGAGGAUCCAGAAAUUAGAGUUCAUGCUGGAUAAACUGCAGAACGAAAUUGACCAGGAGCUGGAACACAACAAUUCCCUUGUUAGAGAAGAAAAAGAAGCAACUGAAUCAAGGAAAAAAUCCCUUCUUUCUGCUGCUUUGUCUAAAUCAGGUGAAAGACUACAAGCUCUAACACUUCUCAUGAUCCACUACAGAGCGGGCAUUGAAGAUCUUGAAUCUUUAGAAAGUCUGUCUUUAGACCAGCACUCCAAAAAAAUGAGCAAGUACACAGAGGAUGCGGAAGAAGACCUUGAUAAUGAAAUCACCCAACUAAUAGACUCCCAGCCAUUCAGCAGCAUAUCAGAGGACUUAUUUGGCCCAUCUGAGUCUGUUUAACAGACAGCCCGUUUGAACUUUUCGAGAGAUUU